ACGUGCGAUUGCAUUAAAGAUACAGAGUAUUAUAAUAAUAUAAUGAUAUAUAAGAAUCCAAUAAUAUUAAAAAAAAAGAUAUAAAAGAUAUAGCCUGAAAAAAAUAAACAGUUAUUCAAAAAUGCCUCUGUUUGGCAAAAAGGAUUCAGGAAAAAAAGUAAAAAAAGAAUUCAAAGAAUUUAACAAACAGAUUUCAAUUGAAGAUAAGUACAAUUUACACGGACUACUAGGAACUGGUGCUUUUUCUGAAGUCCGAUUAGCAGAAAGUAAAGAAAGCCCUGGAGAUCACUUUGCUGUAAAGAUAAUUGAUAAAAAGGCAUUAAAAGGCAAAGAGGAGUCACUUGAAAAUGAGAUUCGUGUACUAAGAAAGUUCAGUGCCAAUGAGAAUGAUGCUAGCAACUCUAGAGGAGUACGGUUGACACAUCCGAAUAUCGUUCAAUUACUCGAAACAUAUGAAGACAAAUCGAAGGUGUAUCUGGUAAUGGAAUUAGUGACAGGAGGGGAGCUAUUCGACCGAAUCGUUGAAAAAGGGUCAUAUACAGAAAAAGAUGCAUCACAUUUAAUUCGACAAAUAUUAGAAGCUGUAGAUUAUAUGCAUGAACAAGGUGUUGUUCAUAGAGAUCUCAAACCGGAAAAUUUGCUUUACUAUAGUCCCGAUGAUGAUAGUAAAAUAAUGAUCAGUGAUUUUGGUCUGUCGAAAAUGGAAGAUUCUGGCAUAAUGGCAACUGCUUGUGGUACACCAGGAUAUGUUGCUCCAGAAGUUUUAGCUCAAAAACCGUACGGUAAAGCUGUUGAUGUUUGGAGUAUUGGAGUAAUAUCGUAUAUACUGCUAUGUGGUUAUCCACCCUUUUAUGACGAAAAUGAUGCGAAUUUAUUUGCACAGAUUUUAAAAGGUGAAUUUGAAUUCGACUCACCAUAUUGGGAUGAAAUAAGUGAAUCUGCAAAGCAUUUUAUACAGAAUUUAAUGUGUGUUAAUGUUGAUAAGCGAUUUACGUGCAAACAAGCUUUAGGACAUCCGUGGAUUUCUGGAAAUGAGGCUAGCAACAAAAAUAUUCACGGCACUGUAUCAGAGCAAUUGAAAAAGAAUUUUGCAAAAUCACGUUGGAAGCAAGCGUACUACGCUGCUACGGUUAUACGACAAAUGCAGCGUAUGGCACUAAAUAGCAGUUCUAACACCAAUUCGAAAAGUGAUGUAACUGAUUGGAGUAGCAGCAAAAAUAAUUUAAACAAGGAUAUUGAAUAUACAACCGACAGCCGGCGAACAACAUUCUGUAGUAGCACGUUAAUUGAUGACCCCAAUACUACUAAUGUAAGAAAUGAGAAAACAGAAACAAAUGUUAUAUCAUCGGGAGAUAAUAUUUGUGAAAAAGAUGAUAAUUACCAAAGAAACUCAAAUAAGACAAAAGCGUGUUUUAAUGGAAGUGGCGAACCAAAAUAAAUGUUUAAUUUAUUUAAAAGUUUAUUAAUAAAAAAAUGUUUUUAAA